AUGGCUUCAGGACAAGGAUAUAGCAAACCUUCCAUCUUUGUGAGCCCUGGUGAGGUGGUUACCCUGGGUGGAAGUGUCAACAUCUACUGUAAGAGGGAAGACAGCCCAAAUGCAGAUUUCUAUUUCUACAAAGAAGGUAAUUCUGUGUCUCAGAAAGGAAUGAAGAUGUGGGCAGGUGUUGCUAUAUUCUCCAUAACCAACACCAAACUAUCAGAUGCCGGGAGCUACAGGUGUCGGUAUUGCUUCUACCCGUGUACACAAUGGUCUGAACCAAGUGAUAACGUGAACAUCUUCUUAAAAGAUCCCAACCUCCCCAAACCUUCCAUCCAGGUGAAUUACAGACCUCAUGCUUUAGGAGUCAAUGUCAUUAUUGAAUGCUGGGGAGCAGAGCGUGGUCUGAUUUUUUCUCUGCAUAAAUCAAAGAAACAGAUAUUAUUACAGAUAGCAGAACAAGUUGGAGGUACAGCCAAGUUCCCUUUCUCCACGGUGACAUCAAAAAAUGCAGGAAACUACACAUGUCAACAUUAUAGCAGCGUAAAUUCCUUCAUCUGGUCAGAGCCAAGUGAUCCUGUGGAGCUUGUUGCAAGAGAUCUCAGCCUUUCCAAGCCCUCCAUCAAGGUGAACCCCAGUGGACAGCAUGCUUUGGGCACAGAUGCCAUCAUUGAGUGCCAGGGGCCAGAGAAUGGCUUGAUCUUCUCCUUUCACAAAUCCUGGAUUCGCACAUCACAGAAAACAGACCCAUGGAGAAAUACAACUCAGUUCCAUCUCUCAAUGGUGAGGCUGGAGGAUGCAGGGAGCUACACUUGUCAAUAUCAACGCAGGAAAAGUCCCUUUGUCUGGUCACAGCCAAGUGAUCCUGUGGCGCUGACUGUGAGAGAUCCCAGCCUCUCCAAACCCUCCAUCAAUGUGAGACCAAGCGGGCCACUUGCUCCAGGUUCCAAUGUCACCAUUGAGUGCCAGGGGCCAGAGAAUGGCCUAAAUUUAUCCCUCUUCAAAUCCAGGGACCUGAUAGCAUCACAGAAGGCAGACUGGAGCAGAAACACAACUGUAUUUCCUCUAUCCAUGGUGACAGCAGAGGACGCCGGGAAAUACUCCUGUCAAUAUCACAGCGGUGUGUAUCCCUUCCUCUGGUCUGAACCAAGUGACCCCGUACAGAUAGCGGUGAGAGCCUCUAGAACCAGGUGCCGAAACAGACCACACAGGAGUCACUUAUGCUGUGCUGAACCAACAGCCACUGAAAAUCAAGCAGGCAGUCAUUCCAGAGAUGGAACCCGAGUCUUGCGUCUAUGCAUCAGUGGCCAAAGACAGAGUCUCGAAGGGCCAGUAGGCAGGACUUCUCAGAGCUGCUGGAUGGUGGAUGGUGAAACAGAGGCGGAUGUCAAGCGGACAAUCAUAUCGCAAGCCUUCCAUAACACUCAAGUUUAUCCCAAGCCAUUCAUCUCAGUAGACGCCAGUGGGAUCCUCACCAUGGGUGAAAGCACCAAUAUCCGCUGUAACAGUGGAAACCAACCACAUACAGAUUUUUAUCUGUACAAAGAAGGGGCUUCACUUCUUCAGAAAGUCAAGAACGUGCAGUCCAGUGAAGUUGUAUUUCACUUUACCCAUGCUCAGCAAGCAGAUGGAGGGAUAUACCGGUGUACUUAUUGCUUCAAUUCAAACUCUGGUAAACAAUGCUCGAACUUCAGCAACAACAUAUACAUCAACAUAACAGAUCCCAGCCUUACGAUACCCACCAUCAGCGUGGAACCCAGGAGGCAGCUUGUUCUGGACUCAGAUAUCACCAUUGAGUGCCGAGGACCAGAGAAUGGUCUGAACUUCUCCCUGCACAAAGGCAGUGACCUGAUAGCAUCACAGAUGUCAGAGCCCGGCAGAAAUACAACCACCUUUGCUCUGUCUAUGAAGAGGCUAGAGGAUGCAGGGAACUACACCUGUCAAUAUCACCACAGAGAAAAUCCCUUUGUCUGGUCAGGGCCGAGUGACCCCGUGGAGCUGCUUGUGACAGGUAAAUGAACCAGGCUGCCCAGGUCAAACACCCUCACGUAGGCGCCUCAAGCCACAUUGUAGAGAACAGAGGCACUCAGUGCUUAGACUCCAUGGGGUACCUGUCACUAAAUGAAUCAGAAAGGUAAA